AUGAUCUUAGUGAGAUUUAAAGCUGUGGGAUAUCUUGUCGCUUUGGUGCUUACUAUUUUAGGAAAGUAUGCAAUUGCUAAGCCUCUGAUGAAAUCUGACUCAGACCAGGCAUACGAGGUAAGAUAUCGUUAUGAACGCGAGUUGAACACCACACAAGAAGUUGAAGUCACAACAAAAGUCGUGGUUGAAGUAGACACAAUACUAGCAGGAGUCAGAACUGAGACAACAACAUUUGGAACCGUUCAAGACAUAAGAGGAGGUGAUGUCAAAGUGGAUACACCUUUGCCAACUAACGCAACAGCACCAAAGAACACCAUCUCUGCUAAAAUCAACGUGGAUACUACACUUGAUGAGUUUCGCGUAAACACAGCAUCACCAACUAGAAUCAUAAUUGGAAAAACAUCAUCAGAGGACAGUGCAUUGGAACAGGUCAACAUGAACACAGCACCAUCAACUGAAACAAUUGUUAAUACAACACUAUCGAAGAACACAACGUCAUUAGAAAUCGACGUGGACACUACAGAGUCAGAUAAAACCCAGCCUAACACAACACCAUCAAAUGAUUUAACGUCAGCACAAUUAAACGUGAAGUCGACAGUGACUGAAGUCACAGUAAAUACAGAUGAACUAUCACCCCCAAAGGUCAAUACAUCAACUAGGGCCAACGAGAAUAUAGCAAAGUCUGUUGAAACAAGCACUGAUACGAAUCCACCAAAGAACAGAGUAGAAGAGCAGCUCAAUAUGGAUACAACAGCUUCAGUUCAAAGCAUUAUUGAAACGACACCAUCGCAAGACACUACUCUAGCACAGGUUAUCAUGGAUGCAAGCCUAAUCAAGAAUAAAGUGAACGUAACACCAGUUAAAGUUACAAUAGAUACCGCACAAACUAAAAUCGAUCUCGAUACAGCUGAAAGUAUUGUAACCGACACAACCUUGUCUGAUAGAAAAAUUACCAUAAAGUCUUCAAGCACCACGGACGAAGGCUUGUCUGAAAUACAAACGACGGCAAUACCAAUUGGUGUCAUUAAAAAUAGCUCAAAUGUGACCUAUAUGAAUAUCACGACAGGUGAGAUAAGGAGUGAAGUAAUAGCAGCUAUAAUAAAGAUCAAUCCGAACGUUAAUAGUGACAACGAGAACGUAUCAGAUAUCGUUAUAAACAUGACAACAAGUGCGACUGAAGUCAGAACGGACACAAUAAUGAACACUAGUUUGCUUGAAACCCUAACCAAUAAUGCACAAACCAAGAUAACAACCACCACUAAACCAGCUGGGAGUUGGAUAAGUACUACAUCAGCUAUAGAUGUUUCACCCAGCGCAUCAGUUGAUUCCAUUACUGAUAAAAAACCAACUGGAACUUUAAUGAUAACUAAAAUUCUAAGAAGCACUACACCAACUGAAACCUUGGCAGCCACUAGCCCAACAAGAACCUCGUCAAGUGUAGGUGUUACAGACACUUUCACUGACAAAAUUAGUACUAACUCUGAGAACAUGAAAGACGGAAAAGAACGGCAGACGCCAUUAAAUACCGACAUAACCAACGAAACUGAAAUAGGAAAUAGUUCUCUGAAAACUCGAAGCAUAAUUAGUGAAGGUACUCUCACGAUAACUUACAGUGAAGUGACAGACGUUCCUAAAUCCACAACGAAAGCCAAAAAAUAUCGGGAUUUAUCGAUCAAUGAAACUCGAAACAAUAAUUCAUUUGUCCAAUCCGUUCAAAAUACAAACGAAACUACCGAUUCUGCAUCUCCCGGAGAUGGAAAAGAUCCAGGAUUCUCUACCACUUUAUCAUCCACCCUAACAAACGAUAUAACAGAUAAGAUAUUCCAGUCUCUUAUGGAUCGAAUCCAACAGCACUGGGCUGAAUUCAUUAAUAAAAUGAAACAGUCGGUAAUUGAAGCUUGGCAAACUAUUUCCAGCACUAUGCUGAGCUCUUUACAAACUCUUGAAGUAUAG